UCAUGAAACAACAGGAUAUGCACCGUUUUUCUUGAUGUUUGGGAGGGUGCCGCGUCUUCCAGUAGACAUCCUGUUUGGUAAUGUUUUGACUGACCCUGAUGUCACCAGUUUUGACAGAUAUGUCUCAAAGCUGUCUGAGGACCUGAGAGAAGCCAUGUUAAUUGCUCAGGAACAUGCGACUAAAGAACAAGGCAGACAGACGAGGCUCUACAAUAGGAAAGUGAAAGGAGCAACAAUUGAGAUUGGAGACCGUGUACUUGUGGCCAAUAAGAAAGAGAGAGGGAAGAGGAAGGUUGCAGACCGCUGGGAGCCGACUGUUUACACUGUGAUGGAUAAGAAUGCAAAGACACACACGUACAAAAUACAGAACACUGUCACAGGGAGUGAGCGGGUGGUUCAUCGUAAUCUGCUCAUGCUGGUGAACUUCCUUCCCGUCCAAGGUGUGCCACAUUCUUCUCCGUCUGACCUCUCGAUGUCUUCUGUCCUGUCUUCUGUCCCUGAUGUCCAUUCCAUGGCUUCAGGUCAAACUUCAUCCAAGCAGACGGAAGACCAAGUGUCUGUCCAGCAAGAGUCUCAACAUAGUGUGGAAGAUGUCCAGAGUCUUAUGAGUGAUUCUGUGCCUGUAAAUGAUUUGAAUGGCUGUCUGCCCAGCUCUAAUAUUGAGAGUCCAAGUUCUGAUGUCUUGCCAGUGUUACCUGUUGCUAAAGAAAGAACCAGAGAGUGGGUCAGUCACUUGAAUACACCAGGUCACCUACCUGACUCUCUUGAGGGAACUUUCAGUGAGCCACUUGCUGACCCGACUGACGUGUUGUCUGACGAAGCAUCAGAUUUGUGCUCUGGACCCUCUUACCCUACUCACACUGACGAGACUGUAGUUAAAGAUGCCUUGACUGUUAGUGAUCACAACACAGCUUGUUUAGUUACUUCUGACACUGCACCCACUGAUGUACACACUGAGUUAUCUGAGCCUGUACCACAAACUACUACACGUUUGGGUCGUGUUAUUAGACCAGUCAACAGACUCCUUUAUACUAUAGCUAGACAAGAUAUCACUAAACGAUUGCAGCAGAAUGUUCAGACUGUCUGCAGCUCUGUUGUUCAAGCUCUUAGGGCAUAAGUCUUCUGCACCUUAUACCUGGUGAUUUAUGUAUUGAUAGUUUUGGGCAAGUGUAGAAUGUGUAAGGCAUUCUUCAUCCGGUGGUUGGUUGGAGAGUUUGACGUCUCUCUCUGUCCACUACAUCCUUAAAGGAUACCUUUUAUAUGGUCGGACUUUUAGUGUAGUCCCUUGAUAUUUGAUGAGCUUUGGGUAUAGUGUUGAAGCAGGUGUGUAAUUUUGUCCAGAAUUCAGUGGGGGGUGGGUGUAACAGAGUUGAAAAUAACCUCACCUACAUAAAGUGAAUUCUUUCAAAAUUAUGAUAUUACAUUGUUAUUGUAAUCUUUAUUUUUAUAUACAUUGGUUUUUAUAUGUUUAAAAUGUUUUCAUAUGUCGUACCCAUUCACAUGAGUUUAAAACAUGAGACAUUGCGACUGCAAUUGUAUUUUCAUUUCUA